AUGGCUCCCGUAUCCACAGCAACGCUGACACGGCCAUCGGCAGGGCCGUCCUCCAACAAACGCAAGAUCGACGAGCAUCACACCUCGGCCUUCACCGAUACGCUCAAAAAGCUCAAGGAGGAAGCCGACUCGAAUCAAGAGGUCGACGAUCAGGCUCUCUGGCCGCGUCCCCACCUCGGACCCCUCGACGUCGACCACGAUGCCGUCACCUUCCAGCAGAUCGACAUCGAGGAGCACCAAGCCAUCGGCCAGCCUCCCGCCAUUCGCAUGUACGGCGUCACCAUCGAAGGUCACUCGGUAUGCGCCCACAUCCAUGGCUUUCUCCCCUACUUUUACAUCCACGCACCACGCGGCUUCACCGCCAACACCUGCAACGACUUUACCAACCAUCUCAAUGUCCUCUUUGGCGGCCGCACCGUCCACAAGUCUGAGAUCGUCAGCAAGAAGAGUCUCAUGGGCUACGCUGGUAACGAGAAUGUCGCCUUUGUCAAACUCACCAUCUCGGACCUGCGAAGCGUUCCCAGGAUCCGUGGCUCUUUUGAACGCGGCGAGAUCGGCUUCCGUGACCUCUUCACCCCGGGCGAUGCCUGCCUCACUUACGAGAACAUCGCCUACACGCUCCGCUUCAUGAUCGAUCUCAAGAUCGUCGGAAUGAACUGGAUCCGCGUCCAGGCCGCCAACUACAAGCUGCGCCCCGAAAGCCAAAAGGUCUCGCUUUGCCAGAUUGAGCUGGACUGCAGCUGCGACGCCAUCCUCUCGCACGCCCCCGACGAAGAGUGGUCCAAGGUCGCACCGCUUCGCAUCCUCAGCUUCGAUAUCGAGUGUGCUGGCCGCAAAGGUGUCUUUCCAGAGCCAUCCGUCGAUCCCGUCAUCCAGAUUGCCAACAUGGUCACACGGCAGGGCGAAUCCACACCCUUUGUCAAGAACGUCUUCACGCUCAACACAUGCUCGCACAUUGUCGGCAGUCAGGUCCUCUCGUUCAACAAGGAGAUCGACAUGCUUGAGGCCUGGACCAAGUUUGUCCAAGAAGUCGACCCAGACGUCGUCAUCGGCUACAACAUUGCCAAUUUCGAUUUCCCCUACCUCCUCGAUCGAGCCAAGGCACUCAAGUCGACCAAAUUUGCCUACCUCGGUCGAGAGCGCGGCGUUCGUACUGAAGCUAAAGAUACCCACUUCUCGUCCAAAGCCUACGGUACGCGCGACUCCAAAAACACCGAGUUGCAAGGGCGUCUUCAGCUCGACAUGCUCCAAGUCAUGCAGCGCGACUACAAGCUCCGAUCCUACUCGCUCAACUCGGUCUCAUUCGAAUUCCUCGGCGAGCAGAAGGAGGAUGUGCACCACUCGCUCAUCACCGAGCUCCAGAACGCCGGUCCCGAGUCGCGUCGUCGUCUCGCCGUCUACUGUCUCAAGGACGCCUACCUGCCGCAGCGACUCAUGGACAAGCUCAUGUGUUUUAUCAACUACAUUGAGAUGGCCAGAGUCACUGGUGUUCCCUUCAACUACUUGCUAUCUCGAGGUCAGCAGAUCAAGGUCGUCUCGCAACUCUUCCGCAAGGCCAACGAGGACAACUACCUCGUCCCCGCUUACAAAGGCGAAGGCACCGAAGACCAGUACGAAGGCGCCACCGUGCUCGAGCCCAAGGCCGGCUACUACGACCGCCCCAUCGCAACGCUCGAUUUCGCCUCGCUGUAUCCCUCGGUCAUGAUGGCGCACAACCUCUGCUACACGACGCUGCUCGACAAGAAGACCAUCGACCGACUCGAGCUCAAACAGGACGAGGACUACGUGAUCACCCCCAACAACAACUACUUUGCCACCAAAAAGGUGCGCAAGGGUCUCUUGCCCACUGUACUCGAAAACCUGCUAGCAGCACGAAAGCGCGCUAAAGCUGACCUUAAAAAGGAGACGGACCCUUUCAAGCGUGCCGUGCUCGACGGUCGUCAGCUGGCCCUCAAGAUCAGUGCCAAUUCGGUCUACGGUUUCACCGGUGCCACCGUCGGCAAGCUGCCCUGUCUGGAAAUCUCGAUGAGUACCACUGCUUACGGACGACAGAUGAUCGACCAGACCAAGGCAUACGUGGAGAAGCACUACACGAUUGCCAACGGCUACGAGCACGACGCCGAGGUCGUCUACGGUGACACCGAUUCCGUCAUGAUCAAGUUUGGCGUGCCGGACUUGGCCAAAGCCAUGGAGCUUGGCGCCGAAGCCGCAGGCCUGGUCUCGAAAACUUUCGUCGAUCCGAUCAAGCUCGAAUUCGAAAAGGUCUACUUCCCCUACCUCCUCAUCAGCAAGAAGCGAUACGCCGGUCUCUAUUGGACGCGCCCGGAAAAGUACGACAAGAUGGACACCAAGGGUAUCGAGACGGUGCGACGUGACAACUGUCGAUUGGUGCAGACCGUCAUCGACACGUGUCUGCGAAAGAUGCUGAUCGACCGUGACGUCAAGGGAGCCGAAGAAUAUGCCAAGAACAUUAUUUCCGACUUGCUGCAGAACAAGGUCGACAUGUCGCAGCUCGUCAUCACCAAAGCGUUGGCUAAAUCGGACUAUGCGGCCAAGCAGGCGCACGUCGAGCUCGCCGAGCGCAUGCGCAAGCGCGAUGCCGGUUCCGCACCCGCGCUCGGAGACCGUGUCGCCUACGUUAUCGUCAAAGCCGCCAAGGGCGCUGCAGCCUACGAGCGAUCCGAAGACCCCAUCUAUGUGCUCGACCACAACAUCCCCAUCGACACGCGCUACUACCUCGAGAACCAGUUGGCCAAACCGCUCCUGCGCAUCUUUGAGCCCAUCAUGGGCCCCAAGGCCAACACCAUGCUCAACGGCGAGCACACGCGUGUUGUUCAGGUGGCCACCUCGAACGUUGGCGCGCUCAUGAAGUUUGCCGUCAAGACGGUGCAGUGUCUCGGCUGCCGCACGCCGUUGAAGGACCAGAAUGCGCCCGUGUGCAAAAACUGCCGGCCCAGGGUUGCCCAGCUGUACCACGAGAAGCUGGCACGCGCUUCGGCGCUCGAGGUCGAAUUCGCGCGGCUCUGGACGUGCUGCCAGCGAUGUCAAGGCAGUUUGGCGCAGGAUGUGCUGUGUACGAACAAGGACUGUCCCAUCUUCUUCAAGCGCAAGAGGGCGCAGAAGGAUGUCGAGGAUGCGGUGCAUGUCGUGCAGCGAUUCGAUACGGCCUGGUGA